AUGACAAACUGUAAUAGAAGUAAUGCAGCAAUAGCACCAAAGCUACUAAAACAGGUGCAGAACAAACUGAAAGAGAUUCAAUUACUGUUUCCAAUGACAUCAAACUGUAUUAUAAUGGACAAGAAUGGAGAGAUUAUUGUCGAAACAACAUCAUCAAGUACAGUUGGACAGAAAGAGAAAGACCUUACAACUACUAUACAUCAACUGAAGACCUAUGCUAUAACAUUUGGUGCAACACUUCAAUACCAAGACGAGGUACAACAUAUUCAUAUUAGAGGUGAUAGUAACAUGUUCUCAUUUUACUUGGUCCGAGACUCAAUACUAGCAUUCUUUACACAGAUGGACUUUGAUACAGGAAAGGCAUUCAACUUUCAACAGGCUGAUGAUAAGGUUAAGGCGAUAUGUGGCGAGUUACUUCAUCUGCUCAGUAAUACAAAGAUAUAA